AUGGUGAGACAGAACAGAGAGAUCCUUACGGGAGGCAAGAGCUAUGCUCAAAGACAAGCUAAAAAACACCUGGUCAACGAGGUCACAUUCGAUAAAGACAAGAGACACGAGUAUUUAACUGGGUUUCACAAGCGUAAAGUGCAACGACAAAAGAAAGCGCAGGAGUACAAUAAGGAACAGGAACGGUUGGCAAAGAUAGCUGAGCGUAAGCAGUUGCGAGAUGAGAGAAAGCAGGACUUGGAGAAUCAAUUGACUGAAUUCAAUGAAAAGGCCAAGGAAAUCGCCAUGAUCAAUGGUGAUCUUGCUCCUUCCGAUGAUGACGAUGGUGCAGAAGAUGGAGAAGAUAACUGGGAUGGAUUCGAUGACCAGGAUGGCGAAGUGGAUCGAAAUGGUGACGACGAUGAAGAAGAUGGUGAUGGUGGCGCCGAUCAUGAGACUAGGCCAUUGAAGGGGAUACUACAUCGCACGGAAGUUUACCAACCCAGUUCCAACGAUGGAUUCGAUGACGACACCACGACGGUAACCAUUGAUUCCAUCGAUCAUCCACUGUUUAGCUCCAGCUCCUUGGAAGAAGCCGCCAAAUCCAAUAAUGUCGACUUGCAGAAAUCAGACCAAGUAUUGGAAAAAUCAGUCAAGCGAGCUAAGAAUUACGCCGUGUUCUGCGGAGUUGCUAAGCCUAGCAAGGAAAAGAAACCCAAGAAGAAAUUUAGAUACUUGAGUAAAGCUGAACGUCGAGCAAACACCCGUAAGGAAAAAUCAAAGGGGAAACUUCGAGGCAAGAAAUAG